AUGGCUAAGCCACUAAGCUCCUACCUUGUGUGCCUCGCAUUUUCUUUAGUUUUCAAUCUAUUGUUGAUCUUCAAACUAUAUGUGGGGCAUGGAAGAGCCUACUUGGAUGGGUUAACUCGUGAUGGCAACGUGCCUGUUUGUGAAUGCCAUUCUUGCUAUGGAGGCCCUCAGUGCUCUGAGUUUUUGACUGGUUGUGCAGCAAAUGCUGACAGUGGGGAUCCAUAUUUCUUGGAGCCAUUUUGGAUGCAACAUGCAUCGAAAAGUGCACUUGUAGUAGCAGGUUGGCAUCGAAUGAGCUAUACCUUUGCUGAUCAAUCUUACAUCUCAGCAGAGCUUGAGAGGCACAUUCGCAAACUUCAUGCCAUCGUUGGAAAUGCCGUGACUGGAGGAAGAUACAUUGUUUUUGGUGCUGGCUCAACCCCAACUUCUCAAUGCUGCAGUUCAUGCACUGUCUUCCCAUAA